AUGGUUCAAACAAGAUCCAGUCAGCCUUCGGCGGCAAGUGAAUCGAAGCCCAAGACCAAAACAGUCAAGAAGAAGGGCGCCGUCAACAGCACUCAAAGCGAGUCCAAGAAGAAAGUCAAUGAGCCAAUUUCUGAGAAUGACGCAGAAGCAGCUACAACGGUGCCUGAGAAACGCAAGCUAGAUGAUGAAGACGAGCAGCCACGUCCGAGCAAGACGGCCAAAGAAGACGACGGGGCAACAAACGGCCUCCAGGAUGAGAAAUCUAUAGAAGACAGAAAGGAAACAAAAGAAGUCGAGCCUACCGUUGCACACAAAAUUGCCAAAAUUAUCGACGAAUACGGCACUAUGCCUUUGGAAGGACUCGGCGUCGAUAAGCCAUUGGAGCCCUCGCCAGAGAUCCUUCUAGCAAUAGUCAUCGAUUCAAUGCUAAAGUCAACUCGCAUUUCGCACAACCUAGCCCAGCAGGCUUCUAUGAAAGUAUUCGAGGCCGGAUACUACGAUAUCGAGGUUCUGAGCAACACGUCGUGGGACGACAGAGUGCAAGUGCUUUCUGAAGGUGGUUAUAACCGAUAUCGUGAAAGCACUGCUACAAAGUUGGGGGAUCUGGCUACUUUGGUGAAUGACAAAUACGACGGCGACCUCAACAACCUGCUAGCCAAAGCCGGGAAUAAGCCCUCGCAGAUACGUCAAUUGAUCCGAGAGAUCAAAGGAUUCGGCGAUGUGGCCACGGAUCUCUUCUGCGAUGAUGCGCAGGCCAUCUGGUCUGUCUUGGCACCGACAAUUGAUCACCGCAGCCUGAGCACUGCUGAGGAGGUCGGCAUCGGGCAGGAUAUCGGGGCCAUUUAUGCAGAGUUGGGCGGUGACCCUGUGCAGAUGAGCAAGUUGGCUAGAGGGCUUUCGGCGAAAGAGUCGCCAAUGGCAGCCACACCAGAAACUACUCCCCGCAAGCUCUGGGAGCAUCCGGAUCCGGAGUCAACGCAGAUGGGGAUGUUCAAGUCAAGACUUGAAAAGGCUAAGGGAAUCCACCUUGCUGACUACGACGCGCUCUAUCAAUGGUCCAUACAGAAUCGCUCCGAGUUCUGGAGCAGAGUCUGGGAAGAAUUACCUCUCAUACAUGAAGGACGAUACACGAGCGUGCUCGAUGAAUCAGCUCCAAUCCAGAGUAACCCAGAUUGGUUCCCCGGGGUGCGGGUCAAUUUCGCAGAGAACAUCCUAUUCAGCACACCGAGCUACGAGGCCGCGAAUGCAGGUGUCCGGUCUACAGUCGGAAAAGAGGACUCCAAAAUCGCCGUGCACGAGGCUGUAGAGAGCAACCUGCAACCUGCAAGGGACUAUACAUGGAAGGAGCUACGACGGAAAGUCGGGCUGUAUACACAGGCGCUCAAAGCGGCUGGGAUCAAAGGCGGGGAUCGUGUUGCUGUUGUAUCUGGGAAUAAUAUUAACUGCUUAGUACUUUACCUUGCGACGACGGCUCUGGGGGCUUUGGUGUCGACAACCUCGUCGGAUACAGGGACAAAGGGCAUUCUGGAUCGAUUGGCGCAAAUCGAGCCGAAAUUGCUGUUCAUGGAUGAUGCGGCCGUUUAUAAGGGGAAGAUAGUUGAUCUCCGAGCGAAGAUUGCAGAGAUCGUUCAAGGAAUGCAUGCUGUCGCCGAGUUUAAAGGAGUCGUUUCCCUUCCACGGCUACAUGAGCAACCAAUGGAUAUAGCAUCUGUCCCUCGCACUGAAUUACUCGAAGACUUCCUGUCAAAGGCAAGCUCGGACAAGUUAGAAUUCGUUCGAGUCGGGUUCCGAGACCCCUUUUUGAUCGUAUACUCCUCUGGCACUACGGGCCAGCCCAAGUGCAUUGUCCACUCGACGGGAGGGGUCUUGAUCAGUAUGGUCAAAGAAGCAAAAUUGCAUCGAGAUAUGGAUCCGCAGUCUGCCUUGUUGCAGUACACUACGACAGGAUGGAUAAUGUACUUGACGUCGUUUGGUUCUCUACUUGGCGGAUCGAAAAUCGUCAUUUAUGAUGGCAGUCCAUUUGCUCCGGAUGCGGGCUUUCUCAUUCGCUUGGCUAGUGAGCAGAGAGUGACCCAUUUCGGCAUAUCACCACGCUAUCUCCAAGAACUACGCAAACAGAACAUCCAGCCUCGGAAAAUCGCAGAUCUGAGCAACCUCCGCAACGUGUCGAGUACAGGAAUGGUCCUGGCCGAUUCUCUCUUUGAAUGGUUCUACGACGAGGGCUUUCCAGCCCAUGCACAAAUCGGAAAUAUCUCGGGGGGCACUGACCUUGCAGCCUGUUUCACAAUAGACAAUCCGCUCAGCCCGCUUUAUGUGGGCGGGUGCCAGGCGGCCGGUCUCGGUAUGCCAAUUGCAGUGUAUGAGCAGGUAGAUGAGGGUCUGCAGGGUGUGGAUGGGAAAGCUGUCGCGGACGGCGAGGCUGGCGAGUUGGUUGCUGUCAGUGCAUUUCCUUCUAUGCCUGUGACGUUCUGGGGCAAAGACGGGCCAAAGAAGUACUACGCAGCGUAUUUUGAGAAAUAUAACAAUGUAUGGACACAUGGAGACUUCAUCACCAUUCACCCCUUAACCAAACAGGUGAUAUUCUCCGGUCGAUCUGACGGCGUUCUCAAUCCGUCCGGUAUUCGCUUCGGGUCUGCCGAAAUCUACAACGUGCUCGAGACGCAAUUUGCAUCAGAGGUAGUUGAGUCGAUCUGCGUGGGACAGCGACGUCCCCAAGACCUCGACGAAUCGGUUAUUCUAUUUGUGCAGAUGCAACCGAGAACGGAAUUCACCGACGGCCUGGUGCAGCGCAUUCGAGAUGCGAUUCGAAAAUUACUCAGUCCGAGACAUGUCCCUAAGUAUAUUUUUGAGACACCUGAGAUACCGACAACCGUCAACGGCAAAAAGGUCGAACUCCCCGUUAAGCAAAUCGUGUCGGGGAAACGUAUCAAGCCAUCAGGUACACUGGCCAAUCCGCAAAGCCUGGAGUAUUUCUACCAGUUUUCCGAAAUAGAGAAAGUGGGCAAAGUGCGGGCGAAGCUAUAA